AUGACAGUUCUAACCAUUCCAAUCAACCAUCAUCAUUUUCCUCAGGAACUCCAGCAGCUGCAGAAGGACUCACUCCAAUUGUCUCAAGACACUAAGGCCUAUCAACAAGAGACCAGAGCAAAUGAUAUAUUGCAUGAUGAAAAUGAUGAUGCAAACACGUUAAUUGCUCCAUUACAAGGGACCAAAUUGAAAGCUCUCCCUAGUUAUUUGAAAUAUAUGUACCUGGGAGAAAGAAAUACCCUUCUAGUCAUAAUUUCCAGAGAAUUGACACCGACCAAAGAGGAAUCCUUGAUCGACAUCCUGAAAACUUAUAAAGAGGCCAUUGGAUGGACCUUAGAUAAUCUCAAGGGAAUAAGUCCUACCCUUUGCAUGCAUAGAAUUACUCUAGAGGAAGAUGCCAAGUCCAUGGUCCAACCUCUCAAGAGGCUCAAUCCCAACUUAAAAGACAUUGUUCUCAAGGAAAUAAUCAAGCUUAAAGAGGUCGUGAUCAUUUACCCUAUUCUUGAUAACAAGUGGGUAAGCCUCAUUCACAUUGUUCCCGAGAAGACCGAUAUGACCAUUGUAGAGAAUGACAAAGGAGAGAUGGUGCCAAUGCGUACGUAUGCCAUUUGGGCUUUGCAAUGCUCAAGGUACGUUCCAAAGGUGUAUGAUGAGUAUUUUUCAGAUUUUAUAGAAAUGUGCAUAGAAGUGUUUAUAGAUGAUUUUACAGUUUAUGGAGAGUCUUUUGAGGAUUUCUUGCAUAACCUUAGUCUAGUUUUGAAACGAUGCAUUGAGGCUAAUCUCGUUUUAAAUUAUGAAAAAUGUCACUUUAUGGCUUCCCAUGGUAUUGUGCUAGGGCAUUUAGUUUCUGUAAAAGAACUUGAGGUAGAUAAAGCUAAGGUGGAUGUUAUUGCUAACCUCCCCUAUUCGACAUGUGUUAGGGAAACUCAUUCUUUCCUUGGAAGUGCCGGUUUUCACAGGAGGUUCAUCAAGGAUUUUUCGAAGUUGGCAUUGCCUCUAUCGACAUUAUUGCAGAAGGAUGUUCCUUUUGAGUUUGACAAAAAGUUUCAAGAGGCUUUCGACACCUUAAAGGAGAAACUGACCACUACCCUAAUUUUGCAACCUCCAAGGUGGGAUAUGUCGUUCGAGAUCAUGUGUGAUGCUAGCAAUCUACAUGUGAGAGCAGUGCUAGGACAAAGGGUCAACAAGAAGAGCCACGUCAUAUGCUUUGCAUUAAGGACCCUAAAGCCCAAUCAAAUUAAUUACACUGCAGCUGCAAAGGAAUUUGUGGUCAUUGGUUUUGCUUUAGAUAAAUUCCAUUCUUACAUCCUUGGAUUUCUUGUCACUAUCUUUACUAACCACGCUGCUCUCAGAUACCUAAUGAUCAAGAAGGAGUCAAAAUCCCGAUUUUUUCGUUGGAUGCUCCUUCUCCAAGAGUUAAAUUUGACCAUUAAAGACAGAAAUGGGGCAGAAAACUUGGUAGCUGACCAUUUGAGUAAAUUCCCUGACGAUAUAUCUAGUUCUAGAAGGGCCAAAUUGAAAAGCGAUUCAAAGUACUUCAUUUGGGAACCACCAUACCUUUGGAAGUUUUGUUCUGACCAAAUCAUUAGGAGAUUUGGUAUACCUCGUGCUAUAAUUAGUGACCAGGGUACUCAUUGUUGCGACCAGACCAUUGAGGCACUCAUGAGAAAAUAUGGAGUACACAAUCGUGUUGCCACUCCGUAUCACCCUCAAACGAACGGACAAGCUAAAAUAUCCAAUUGA